UAUUGGUCCGUGGUGGUGGAGAGGCGAAACAGCAUGGCGCGCACGAGGACGACGGAGUCACGUGACAAGGAAGACGAACUGAUUCACGAUGAUCUGGAUUCACAGUUCUCGGCAUGUCUUUGCAGCUUCUGUCAGGACGAUGGAUUCACCGACUGCUCAAGGUAUGUGCCAGGAACAGUUGUCAGAAAACACUUCAGGACAUAGCCGAAUACAAUGUAAGUGAUUCACUGCUACUUGGAGAUAAAAUGGCGCCGAAUUCAGAAGAAGACGGGCCUCGUCUGACGUCGGUAAAAGACGGGAUUUGGAGUAAUCGUGGCGACACCAAUAACAAGGAACAGCAGCGGCCACCCGUGUACAACCCAGAGGACUACGCCAUGUCCCUACGCAAGUGGGGGCGCCGGUCAGGUAGCAGCGCUCAACUGUAUGGCCUGGGGUCCGCCGUACAGGCGGAAUCUGCCGACGCGACGCUUAAGAGCGCGCACAACCUCCAACAGCCGGUUCCUGGACAGAGCAGCAAGGACUACAGGAACCCGAUCCUCACACCCACCACACCCCACGGCGAGGAGAUGAGCCUCAGGCAGUUCUCCACCGUCACCGAACUCUUGGGGAAGCUGAAGGCAGAUCUCAGGCUCGCCUUCCCGAGCUUUGUCCAAGAGUUUAUCGGCGACCCUCUGGACGGAGUCACACUUCUCCUGGAGCUGCUCCGAGCCGUGCAGCUGAGUCAGGCGAGCCAACAGACGCGAUGUCCUCCUCCCGUACUGAGGCGAGCCCUGCUAGACGAACAUUCUUGUCUCCAGUGCAUCCGCAGCUGUCUCCGAUGUCCGGACGCCGCGAGGCGUCUGGCGGCGUCUCCGGCCGGCCUCUUCACCCUGGCAGUCUGCAUCAUGAGCAACGUUAGCAAAUCGCGUGUCAUAGCGCUCGAGUUGUUGACGAAGGCGUGCGAGCCUCCGGGUUGUGGGCACGGGCCUGUGUCGGAGGCCCUCUCCACCCUGCGCCUACGCUUCGGCGAGCCCGUGCGGUUCCGUUUUCUGGUAGGCAUGUUGAGCAGCGCCGGGGGCUGCCCGGAGCUGCAGGCCGCGGGUGUCAGAUUUCUCAACACACUCAUCGAGACGGCGCCAAACCCACAGAGUAGGCUGUACUUGCAGGCUGAGCUCGAACAGGCGGGCUUCUACGUCAGCAACAUCAAGAAGAUCCUGCCUUCGAACCUGAAUGCUGCCGAGGAAGUACGCGUCGAGCUGUCGCGUUGGGAGGAGAACUACGUGGACGUGGCGUCCCUCAGGGACAGGGCAGAGCAGGCGGAACGGGACAAGGACGCUCUGGGAGAACAGCUGACGCUCCUGGAACGCCGUAUUCAGAUUCUGCAAGAAGAGAAAAGCAUUUUGCUGUCUUUGGAAAAGUGUCUGAAGGAAAGGUGCUGUGAGCUGGAGGAGGAGGUCGCCACUCUUCGUACAACCCAGUCAUCGAAACGACAUCACUCUGACAGCAAAAACAAUGCGACAGACUCUUCCAAACAAGGAUCUGGUUCUACUCCAGCUGAGGAUGAAGGCAUCAGUUCUUCAGACCAAGAUCAGUCUCUGUCUCAAGACGAGGAGGACUCUGGUGACAUCGAACGAGAGCCAAUGGUGUACGAACUGUUUGCUGUCCAGAAUGACACGAUCCUCGUCGAGAGAAACAGACUGCGGAAGAACGUAAAUAACGAGGUUGUUAUGAAGGAAACGAGUGUGGAUCAGUUAGAUGAUGAUGCGUCAGAAGGUGGUGAUGACGAAGAUGAAACAACGAUUGACGAAGUUAUAGAAGAAUUACGAAACAUUAUAAAUGACGCAGAAACAGAAGCGUAUGCAGCAGAGGCUGCUGAAAAGAAGCAAAGGGAACUUGAAGAUAAACGAGAUGAAAUAAAGAAGAAGUCGAAUAAGACAGACACAGAAACGGGUAAGAACAAACAUCACCAUAAAGUAUCACCGUAUCAUCAUAAUCAUCAAACCGAUUCGAAGAAAUUCUCUUCCGGAAAACAGGGUAGGCAGGUGACGUCUAUCGAGAUUCAUCAUCCGGCAUCAGAGACGGAAGUCGAGAUUGUACCAACGUGUCUUCUGCCACAGCCACCGAGAAGAGCUCGAAGUCUCGUUCAUCUGCUUUUGAAUUCAGGACGCGACGUCUAUGUCGAUGACAGAACCGGACAGAAUCCUUUCUUUGAUGACGAAACUCCCAGCCACACGAGUGAAGAAGACUCAGAUUCGCUGCUGAGUUCUGCCAGAGAAAGAAGUGUCACUUCAACGACUACUGGAAGCACGUGCCUUCAGAGGGCGUGCAUUAUCGAUACCAGUACGGGAAGCAGGAGUAGUAAUCAUAUGGUCCAGGUCUUCCAGCAUCCCUGUGAAAAUGAUGAAUAUAGAUACAAGACCGGCACUCACAGUGAUAAGGACAAUAAUAUGAAAAAUCAUGAUGACAAGAUCAAGAUCCAGAAUCUUAAAUGCAGGAUCAAUAAAAAUUCCACGACUACUGUCGUUAUUAAACGCAACGAGUCCUUCCAUCACGUCAAUAAUCAGGAAGGAUAUGACAAAGCCAAAAGCAGCCGACAACAGGAUUCUCAACAGAGGACAAAGGAAGAGGUGACGGAUGACUGGAGGCCGGUAUCGAAAGAUGAAAUUUCUGACAAUAAUCAACUGAUAUCGAAAGAUGAAGUUUCAGGGAGUAGAAGGCUGAAGUCAAAGGAGGAUUCUUCAGACAGAAAGAAAGUACGGUUGAAGGAUGAAAAUUCGGAUGGUAGGAGACCGAUUUCAAGACAAAGAUGCGGGAGUUUCGACGGUUUAUUUUACGUGUCAGAUUUCACAAAUUCACAAGAAGUAACUCCAGAACAAAAGCACUACAAAUCAUUAUCAUCGUCAGAGACAAAUUACUCUGGCGCGAGAAAAGAAGAACUGGUAAAUCCAUCACUAGCUUCAAAAAAACUGAAGUCAAAAAGUCUGGACCGCAUUGACGAGGGCUUAGAUUCGCUCGUGGACAUCGUCGUGACUUCGUGCGACCAAGGACGUAGCGGGACUGAGGACUGGAAUGGAUCAAGUCAUCCCCUCUUCCUUCCAUCAGCCCCUAACAAAGGCAGUUCUUUUGAGUCUGCCCCCCAGUUGAAUCACCAGUCACCAACGAACUCCCACAGUAAAAUUGGUGUGUCCAGUAGUAAAUCUUUCGUCAUUAAGAGAGGACACGCCAACGCAGGUCUGUACUCAGGGCACCACGUAACCGGAGGCUCGCCAGUGCGUCUGCUGAUGAAACCGCAGAUCCUGACGCCUGCAGCAGAAUACUGCCCAAGGUCUUCCUCGUCACCCGUCAGCUCUCGUAAUUCAUGUCACGUGAUAGCUGGGAAAGUGACGGACCUUCCUUCCGGACUUUACUGA